AUGAUGAUGGCGCAGCCUUUCGCUGCCCAUCAAGGCAUUCCCCAGCACCCCGGUCUACCCCCGGGCCAUGCUUUGGCCCCUGGCCAGCACCCGAAUGCUCACCCGGGUGCGAUGGUGCAGCAGGUGCAUCCUGGAGUUUCUGCACCUGGCGGUCCGCAGGUAACUCAAGGUGCGCCGAUGAUGGGGCAGAUGCCACCAGGGGCAGGGACCGCGGGUCCGGGGCCUGUACAGGCCCAUGCUCUUUCUCACCUUGGGCCACAAGCGCAUAUGUUUCAGCAGCCGCAAUUUGCUCAAAACUUCCCUGCUGCGAAUGCUCAGAUGAUGCAACAACACCAGAACAUGAUUAGACAGCGUAUGAUGAUGCAAGCACAGCAACCCCAACCUCACCAACAGCAACACCCUCAGCAUCCUCAGCAGCAGCCGCAACAGCACCAAGGUCUUCCGGUCUCCCUGCCGAAUGGAACACAAGCAUUAAAUGCAGCGCACAUGGUCGCUAUGCAUAAUCCCGCGAUGCGACCCAACAUGCAGAUGCAGCAACUUCAACAAAUGACCCACGCGCAACCCCAGAAUCUCCAGCAACAGCAGCACUUUCUUGCAAUGCAGCAAGCCGCGCAAGCCCAGGCCCACGCACAAGCCCAGGUUCAGCAGGCUCAAGCUCAGGCUCAGGCCCAGCAAGUUCAGCAGCAAAACGCGCCUCAGCCUGGCCAACACACCCCGCAACCACGCCCCGCCCCUCAACCUCAAAGCGUUCAUGAGGCCCAGAGUGUUACCCCUCAGCCUCAACCGGGCCCGCCGCCGCACCAGGGGAGCGCAACCCCACAGCCAAAUCCUCAGCAAGCGCCAUCGUCUCAACCACCGCAACAGCAGCCUAUGGUUACGCAACCGCAACAGACGCCGAAUCUCGCCCCUCAGCAACUCCCUCAGGCUCAACCGUCCGGACAGCAAUCACAACAGCAGCAACAGCUUCAGGCGCAGCAGCCGCAGCCGCAACAACAGCAGCAACAAGGCCAGCAAGGCCAGCAACAAGGCCAGCAGCCCCACCCAAUGACCGCGCAAGAGGCUCAAAUCAAAGCUCAACAGCAGCAGCAGCAGCAACAGAACGCUGCUCUGUUAAUGCAGCAACAGCGAAUGGCUAUCAGGGGACAAUCUAUCUUGUGUCUCGGCAACUUCGCUGAGCAGUUGAGCAGUUUUCAAAGUCGUGGCGAGGCCACUGAUUUACUCUUCUGGCAAACCUUUGUUGACAGAUUUUACUCGCCUACUGGAGUCCUUCGGCAAGGCGUGUACAAUCCGCAAGCUGGUUCCAAACAGUUCGAAAUUGCAACACCCGCGCUGGCGCGAUACUAUAAUACACAAUUCACGAGCGGCAUCCGUCAGAUUCAAAUGCUUAUUGAAGCUCCUCGAGAGAGGGACUCCACCAACGGGGGUCAUGUCGUGGAGAGUCCUAGGGCAUCAUUCAUUUACUGGUUCACGAACGAUGCUCAGCUUUUCACUACCGGUACUUUAAGGGCGCAUUUUGAUUUCCAGAACAAGAUUGAAAUGCUGGACAUCGUUGUGAUGAACCACACGGAAUAUCUUCCCCGGAGCCAACUGCAAGCUCUAGAGCUGGCCGAACAGAAACAAAGCCCCAAGGUUACCAAGAACAUGGGUAAGCGCGCACAACAGAAGCAGGCUCAGCAACCCGCAUUCACAUUACCGGAGUCUAUGGUAACCUCAAACGGCGUCCCAACUUCUGUGAUGAGCUUCUUGGAGGUUGCGGAAACCAUCUCUCAGAUGCAGUUGCUGUUCCAGUACUCACAACAACAUCCUAAUCUAACACCGUCGGAAUCGUUACGGAGUCUUGUCGGCACUAUCCAAAGUCAGAACCAGAUGCAGAAUGCCAUGAACCCCGCGCUCCAACAGGGACAGAACGCACGAGCACCUAGUAUUGGCGGCCCCAACCAAUUCGCUUCGCCUGCCAUGGCUCAUCUCGCUUUACCUGGUGGCGUGCAAGGUUCACCUCAUAUUACGGGAUCAGCUCAUCCAAGCCCAGCGCAGAGCAACCUCGCCGGACCCCCAGGCAUGGUGCCUCAAGGCCAAAUGCAACAAAAUGUUGGCAGCGCCAGCGCAAGUCCCAACGUGAGCAAUAAACGACGACGGGCGAGUACAGUGAAGAUGGAGGGCGAGGAAGGUGGCGCUGACAUGAACGGCACUGUCGCCCCGGGGCCUGCCAAGGUAAAGGCUAGCCCUCGAGUAGGAGGAAAGAGGCAGAAAGGCACUGCUUCUUGA